GCGUUUAAACAGAAGUUGAUGACGUAUCUCUGAGCAGUCAACAGACGUAUACACAGUCGGUUCGGACUGAAGCACCGGAGCCAAUAUUUUCCUCUUUUUCUGCUGUUUGUGCGUUUUCACGGUCUUCAACAUCAUUCGAGUCGAAGAGAGCGUUUGCACGGUCCUCGGGAGGCCGUUUCUUGCGGACUUUGAGGAUGUGAGCGCGCUCCGGAGUGUGACGCCUGUUUUUAUUUUAGCCCAGCGCCGCGACGCACAGAAAGUGAAAUGGACGGAUAGAUCAUUCGACAUGACACUUUAAAGACACGACUGGAUCGUUAAACAUUAUUUUGCACUUUAUAUUAAAUCGUUGGCUUAUAAGAGUCUCCUUUAGUAAACGCGGAGGUCUUUGCGCAGAAGAGCAGGCCAGCUGUAAAAGUCUAGUGAUCUAUAUCUCGCACCAACCUAAUAUACAGUCUGAUAUCUUUAAACACUUCUGCCAGUCCUUGUUCUUGAUCGUGAUCGUGGUAGCAGAGCAGGAACAGUUGUAAAUUUAAUCGUGGACAAACCUUAAAGACGCAUUGUUUGCUGAAUGGUGGUGUGUGUGAUAGUGUCAACAUGAUGCCCAUUUAAAAUAUUUUCUUUAGUGUGGUUGAUAUUGAUACAGUUUGACGUCAGCUCUGUUUGACAUGUACCUACAACCUGAUCUGGAGCACAGGAUUAAACAAGGAAAUAUAUCAAACAUAGUUUAUGAUUGUUAACCUGAUGCAGCCCAUAAAAUGCUUCAGAACACUACAGUAAUGCUGUUAAAUAAGUAAGUGGUUUUGUGAAAACACAAACAAGUAAAGUUUAAUUAUUAGAGUUGGUUUUCAGAAAAUAUACUUUGACACCCCACUCAAAGUAGUGUUUUUUUGCUGUAAUGUUAAUGUUUAAUAGCCAAUGCACUUGUCAGGGAGAUAUUGACCUGUUUUUUCCCCAAGUUUGAGAAGAUUAGACUAUGUUUUAGCUGGUUGAACAUCUUUAGUGCGUGACAGGCAGUGGCGUGUUCCAGCUUUCUGGAAAUGAGAAAAUGAAUUGCGAGAAUCAAGCUGUAGAUUCGUGCAAUGCCAUGACAAAACCCGACGUCGAUGACGACACUACAUCACACCCCGUGGACAAAAUCCUUCCCUGUGACUGUCUCUCAGAUGGAGAAAAUGGGGAGCGGGGUGCUACCACGCAGCCUGCGGACUCGGCUGUCUUAGCGAGAUUAAAAGACGUCCGUGCCAAGGAUGAGGAUAUUGAGCUUUCCGCAGACAUCAAAGCAAUGCACUGUAAAAACAAUGGAUCCAUUGCAUCGGCUGCACUGUCAGCUGACCCUGUGAACGGUUCCAGCGGUGAGCAGCAAAAACUUUCAAGCAGUGUGGAGGAAUCAUUAGUGACCAAAUGUUCUCUUGGAGAUGGAGGUGAUGAUGAUGAUGGUGACAUGGAUAUCGGUGUGGAUUUAAGUCUGGAUGAAAAUGGGGUUUUGGACUUACAACCAGCAGACCAGACGACUGCUGUAAGUGACGGAAGUGCCUCUAGUUGCGAUAACGUCCUCAUUUCAGAAACUGUCAUAGAACUGCAUUCACAGGUAACUUCAGAGGAAAGUACUGAAGAUGUAUCCUCGCUCAGUCCAUGCGUGGAGGCCGUCUCCCCUGCUUCCACACCUGGGGAGGGAACAGGGGUCAAGCACGGCUCCAAAAGGGUGACCUUUCCUUCAGACGAGGACAUCAUCUCGGGUGCGGUUGAGCCGAAGGACCCUUGGAGACAUGCCAAGAAUGUGACUGUGGAGGAGAUUCUGAAUGCCUACAGACAAGCAUGCCAGAAACUCAACUGCAAACCUAUCCCCAAAGUGCUUAAACAGAUACAGGACUUAAAAGACCUGACACAGCGAAAUGAGUGCCUAGACCUCAAAGGAGAGAAGCUGGACUAUAAAUCUUGUGAAUCUCUAGAAGAGAUCCUUAAGAGGGUCCAGUUUAGAGUGGUAGACCUGGAACAGACCAACCUGGACGAGGACGGAGCAUCAGCUCUGUUUGAUAUGAUAGAGUACUAUGAAUCUGCCACUCAUCUCAACAUCUCCUUCAACAAGCACAUCGGCACACGCGGUUGGCAGGCCGCCGCCCACAUGAUGAGGAAGACGAGUUCUCUGCAUUAUCUGGACGCUCGUAACACCCCACUGCUGGACCAUUCGGCUCCAUUCGUGGCCAGAGCUUUGCGGAUUAGCAGCAGUCUGACUGUUUUGCACCUGGAAAACGCCGGCCUCUCAGGGCGACCCCUUAUGCUACUGGCCACAGCACUGAAGAUGAACAUGAACCUCAGAGAGCUGUAUCUGGCUGAUAAUAAACUCAACGGCCUUCAAGAUUCAGCCCAACUGGGGAACCUGCUGAAGUUUAACUACAACAUCCAGAUUCUAGACCUGAGGAACAAUCACAUACUAGACUCAGGGAUGGCGUAUGUGUGUGAGGGUCUCAAAGAGCAGAGGAAGGGUCUGGUCACUCUCGUGCUCUGGAAUAACCAGCUUACACACAAUGGCAUGAGCUACAUGGCUGCUGCUUUGCCAUUCACUCAGAGCCUGGAGACACUGAACUUGGGACAUAACGCUGUGGGGAACGAGGGAGUGCACAAGCUGAAAGACGGUCUGAUCGCAAACCGCUCCAUCCUGAGACUGGGUCUGGCCUCCACCAAACUGUCCUGCGAAGGAGCGGUCGCUAUAGCAGAAUUCAUUGCGGAGAGUCCACGGCUCCUUCGGCUGGACCUGCGGGAGAAUGAAAUCAAGACCGGGGGCCUCAUGGCUCUCUCUCUUGCCUUCAAAGUGAACACAUCUCUGCUCCGACUCGACCUGGACCGAGAACCCAAGAAAGAGACGGUGAAGAGCUUCCUUGAGACACAGCGCGCCCUGCUGGCAGACAUCCAGAACGGCUGCAAAAGGAACUUCAUCUUGGCCAAAGAGAAAGAAGAGACGGAGCAGAAGAUGAGAGAGUCGGUCUCUAUGGCAGAAAUUGCUACAGAGGACCAAACUCACGAGGGGGAAGAUGAGGAAACCCCUGCUUCUGCUGAGAAGGACAAUGAUGAAAACUCAGACAGUCAGGGAGAGAAAACAGAUGAGGGCAAUGAAGAGAGGUCGUCUGAGAACCAAGAGGACAAAGAUGAAAAACCAACAGUGCAGGAUGACUCCGACUCAGACACGGAAGACGAGGAUGUUGCUGAAGAGCCAGUUGUUUCUGCACAGGCCACACCUCCAAUACAGAUCCUCACCUCAGCUGCAUCUCCACACGCUUGUACGAUAAUGCCUCCUACACCUCCUCCCCUUGCGUCUCCAGUUGUCAUUUCAGGAAUUAAGGUGACCGAAGCAACUGUGGCCACCGGAACCCCACCAUCACCUGGCCGGUGCUUCUCCGUAUCCAGCCCAGGCAGAGGACACAAGAUUUUUAUGGUAACACGAGUGGAGAGCCCCCCGGAACAAAAACAGCUCACUGCAUUGCCUAAAGUCAUCCAGGAGAGAGCAGCAGAGAGCCAAACACCUGCAGCACCGAAACAGACGGAUACCACAGCUCCUUUAGAUGCACCUUCAAAGCUGCCUGAGCAGAAAUCAACAGAUUCUCCUGCUAGCCUUAAUGGAACCCAGACACCAGAGAUGGUCGAGCCAUUACGAAUUCAGUCGGAUGUCAAAUCACAGUCUCCACAGACAGCACAAACAGCAAAGUCUGAGCCCCCGGACGAGCCUCUCGCCCACAAUGACACGAAUUCGACGCCUUCGCUUGCAGCAGACAAAUGUGAGAAUGUAACAGAACAGAUUCAUUCAGUUGAUGUUCUACCUGAAGCCUCAAUAUCAGAAAGCUCACAGGCUCCAGACAGAAUUCCUACACCACAGCAUCCAUUAGAAAUUCAAACAGACUCUGUUGAUCAGUCUCACAUUGAGCAAUUAACAAUAAACACACAAAGACUGCACGAGAUACAAAAUGUCAUUAAGCAGGACCAAACUGCACCGUCUGUCCAGGAAGAGGAAAGAAGCAGCGACCGUCCCGUUCAGGAAUCCAGCCCUUCCCAAACAGAGCCAUUCCUUUCAGGACAAUCCCAGGUGGGCUGUAUUACACAAGCAAAUGCGCAGUCAUCCACGGGAUCUCCUGACGGGAGAUGCACGGAAGAGGAGAGUCUUCCCACUUUGACCACAGGGGCAGCAUUGCCGAACGGGCUUAAGCCAGAAUUUGCCUUUCACCUGCUCGAUCCAGAGGGACCCAAACCAACAAGCUGCAUUUUGGAGCACGUGAGCAUGACAGCAGAGCUGAGCUGUGGACAAGAUUUGGAAGAGCUGCUUCUGGAUGCCAGUCUAGAAACCAGCAGAGAUGCACCUUAAUGCUAUAACAAAGAGUCCAGACACGCAGUGAAAAUCAGAAGGACUUGUUCGCUGUUAUUCCUCGGGCCAUGUGUCCCCUUUAUGUUUUCUUCUCUUGUCAUUGUCAUUUCCCAACAUUUUCUAAGACCUCCUGUCAGCUUUUUACAACACAGAGGCUCUCUCAACCUCCCUCCAAUUAAAAUGAGAAAAUCUUAUCUGUGUUGUGGUCAAAAAUGUAAACACUCAUUUGCGACAAAACAUAUAUGUAAUAAGGCAUUAAAAUGCUGUCUUUUCCUCAUCACUAUGUUUAGUCAGUAAUUAUGUAAAACAUACAGUUACCAAAGACACACUUAUACUUCUUCUGUUCCACCCCAUUACUCUGUUGAAUGUGGCACUUCACUCACUGCUGCCACCAGGUGGACUAGAGGUUGUAUUGCAGUUGAAAGACUUGCCGGUUCAGACUGCUGUUUGGAACACUUUUAGAUCGUGGGCAGACAAGAAUCAUUUUGUUAGGCAGUGUAUGUGUUGCAUCUAUGUGUGCGUCAAACUUAUUGGUGUCUCGUGAAAGAAAGACUUCUACCAAAGUGACACGCAUUCACUUUUCAAUUGGUCCUGCUGCUGUUGUCCUGCUCAGGAAUCAACGUUUGUAUUUGAGCUUGGGUGAAACUUCGAUCUGUCAAAACACAGGCAGUCACUCCCACUCUCUGAUCUCACCAGGUUCCCUCCAUGAACCACCACUUCUAAAGCAUUUUGAUUCCUGCGUGAAUAUCUGAAAGUUGGAACAAUUGGCAUCUUCCAUGCCUGGAUAACUGUUGAUUUUUAGUGAUGAUCCAGGUGAUUCAGAUAUUAGACUUAAAGAGACACAAAGUUCUACACCGAAUGACAUGUAAACUCUCUUUCCAUUCUGUCUUCCAUCUGUUUAACCCUCUGUGUCACCAUAAAUCCUCAUCAUAACACAAGAAAUGACACGUUUGCCUUUAAAGCUCUUUCUCCUGGCUGCUUUGCUCAAUCAGUUUGUAUUUAUUUUAAAAUGUAAGUCUAUUGUGGGAUUUUGUUUUGCCCCUCUUUGUGUUCCCACACUUUUUUUUGAAGCUGUGGGAUACUUCCCUUUGGUGUAUAUUUUCAGAUUCUAUAAAGAGCAAAUAUUAAAUUGAAAGUUUUUUCCUAUUUUGAUUGGUGGGGGUUUGGGGAAGGGGCGAGGCUCUGUUGAUUUAUAUAAAUGGGACUGGAGCUCUAGGGAAAGUAUAUAAUGUAAAUCAAGAGUGUGUUUGGGGGUGAAAGCUCUGAGGCCUAUGGCUGCUCUUUAUAAGGCAGUAGGAGUGCUGGACCACAAGACUUCAUGAUGAAAACACUAAACUUGCGUUAAGCUACUGCCGCUGGGGAAACUAGAUACUAAACGUUACCUCGAGUGAGACCGAGCCACCAGCGUAAGAUAAACAAGUGAUACUGGGACAAACAAAGAAGGUUAUGACAUCAUGCAAGGCCUGACCUGUACUUACCACCAUUCCAGGGUCAUUCAGUUGGUGCUCUUUUGGUUUCUUUCUCGAACGUCUGGUUGACUCUUGACUUUGAGGAGAGACGGAUAUCUGCCAAGCUUCACCAAGCUCCAGAGAAGCUUUGCAUCUACAUCCAGAUUGUCUUUAACUUAAAAAUCAACUCUUCUGCGCUGUCCCCUCAAACCCAAUGUUUGUAAUGCUUUAUUUUUAGUAAUUUUUAAAAUUACCUGUUAAAUUAAUCUAAAUGUACUUGUAAACACAAAGAGAUGUGUAUGGCUUUUCCCUCUCAAAUAAAUGCAUGUAAUGACAAAAAAGCUUGUGUGGCAAAUGUGUUUAUGAAAUAGUUAAUUUAGCAAAGCCAUUUGCAAAAGUGACUUUGCAUGAAAUUUAGCGACAUCUAGCGGUGAGGUUGCGAAUUGCAACCAAUGGCUCACUCCACCCCUCCCCCCUUACUUUCCAAGCACUA